AAUUCGUUUAAUAACUGAAACGGGUUAAAAUCAGUUUCUUAGUUAGUAAUCAGAGAACAAUCAAAAUGGUAUUUUCAAUUGAUGAAAUUGUUGAAAAAUCGCGCAGAGAAACGAGCGGUGCGGAUGGUGUAUCGUUCGAAGAAGCUCUGAACGAAUCAAGAUUUGGGAAAUUUCAUUACUGUCUCAUAUUCGUAUCUGGCAUUUUUAUGGCGUGUGUAUUUUAUGAGAUAAUGGGCAUUAGUUAUGUGCUGCCGGUUGCUGAGUGCGAUUUGUACAUCACAUCGAAGCAACAAUAUGGGAUUGUGAGCGGUGUGUGGUUUGCGGGUUACAUUCUCGCUUCAAAUCUAUGGGGAUUUGUAAGUGACACAUACGGAAGAAGAAAUGUUUUAAUAAUUGCCACAUUAACGGCUGCGUUGGGCUCAGCACUGUCCAGCUUGGCAGUAAAUUUAUGGCAACUGGCAUUAUUCCGAUUCAUCAAUGGAUUUUGUCUUUCAGGCACCAGUACGAUUUUUGCCUAUCUCGGGGAAUUCCUCGACGCCAAGACAAGAUCACGCUCUACCAUGAUUUCGUCCGUCAUUUUUGGAGGAUUGUCGCUCUUUUUGCCGAUCAUGGCGAUGUUAGUUAUCAAUCAGAAGUGGAGUUUCGUUAUUCCAAUGAUUCAAGUGACCUAUAAGCCGUGGAGAUUGUUCAUUUUCGUAUGCGGUUUUCCGAGUUUGAUUUCCGGAUUGUCUUUGCUUCUCUUUCCUGAGAGUCCAAAAUUUACAUUUUCUCAGGGGGACGAAACUAAAACAAUCGACAUAUUUCGAAGAGUAUACUAUGUAAAUACCGGCAAUAGGGACUUCAAAAUCAAAAAAAUCCAACCGAAUGACGAAUUCGGACAAAACCGUGAGCGAAAGCAUGCACUCAAAAUGAUGUUGAAUCAGUCCGUGACACUAUUCCGCGUCUAUCCGUGGUCCAUAUUUUUAGUGUCGACGAUUCAAUUCGGCAUGUAUUUUGUAUGCAACGGAAUGCUUCUAUUCUUCCCGGACAUUGUCAACCAAGCGGCAUUAUAUAUGCAAACAUCUUCAAGUGACCAAGCACUGUGCAAAAUAAUUGAGCACGCAAUCGAUGCGAAAAACAAUAAUUCCGCGGUGUCCGCAGACAAUGUCAGAGAGUGUGUGCAAGAAUUGGAUGUUACUGCCUAUUACUACGCACUAAUUUUGGAAGGUUGUUACACCGGCGGAUUUUUUCUCUUAAGUUUGUUGGUUAAUUACGUGGGUCGCCUGUCAAUUUUCACAUUCGUUUCAUUUUCAACGGGCAUUUGUGGAUUCCUAAUCGUGUGGGUAUCGAACACUACAAUUGCUAUUUACCUUUAUGUGUGGCUACUGGCAUGCGGUGUCACCAUUGUUUUACUCAACACCGUGACGUACGAUUUGUUUCCGACGAAUCUGAGAGCUUUAGCCUUGAGUGUGUCGGUAAUGUUUGGUCGGUUAGGUGCACUUAUGGGUGGAAACGUGGCCGGACUAUUGCUGGAGAAGCAUUGUUCUGCACUCUACAUGUUCAGUGGAGGCAUUUUAAUAUUCACAGGCGUUUUGAUUUUUCUAAUACCGAACAUUAGGCAGAAAAAAUAAAUUUCAUGAAUCGA